UAUUCUUCUGCGAAACAAGAUGGCUGUCUUGAUUAAGUUGUGAAGAGAAAGUGGAUAGCAAAUAUCGUAAAAAAUAUCGUUGGAUUUUCAUCAGUAGAGAUAAUAGCUUGAAAUCAGGGAUUCCAACACUUUCGGAAAAUUUUUGGAUGGUGGGGUAAAUGAAAAGCACCAGAAUGCAGAACUUUGAUGACCUCGAUAUCGAGGGAAGAAAUGCAUCGUAUUUAUCUGAGGAAGAACGUGAAAAGGAAGAGAGCGAUCGUAAGCGUUUGAUGCGAUGCAGUGUAACCGCUGAAGAUGGAACUCUGCGUCCUGUCUACUCUCGAACAGAAGACUCUGACAUAUGGUGUCACAUCUGCAACAUAGCCCUCUUCGGUGCUCACAAGCUCCAAUCCCACAACACCUCAAGUCGUCACAAGAUAAAACUGGAUGAGUGGCCGUAUCCAGUGUCCCUCUGGUCAAAACGCGAGAGUCUUAAGGCGUCUGGAUCAGGUCAAGUAUCAAUUUCAGACGCCUUAGCACCUGGUGAACCAGUGCCACCAGGUAUGGAGGACCAAAUGACACGUGCUACAACAAUUCAAACGUCUCUCGAUCGUCACCGGAGUUCACCAUUAGUUGGCCUUGAAUAUUUGUUAGAGCUCAUUGAUAACGAAUCUUGCGAGCCCAGCUACACUUGUGUUUUGUGUGAUAAACGUGGAGAUCCCAGAACUGUGAUGGCACACAUCACCAGUUACAAUCAUCGCAUUACCUAUUUAAAUCGUCAUUUUCCAACUAUAUCGAGAGCUAUCACUGAAUUACCGAGGACGCAAAAUUAUAAACGUGGGGCUAAUGAAAUAUCUGUGCUUGUGGCCAAGAAGAUUGAAGAGAAAUUUGGUAGAUUACAGCCACAGUUGGUGGAUAAAGGACAGUUUGAGAAGAAUAAAAUGCAGUAUAUCAAGAAUGUUUAUCAGGACUUUCAUUUUAGGGAAACACCAGAGUUAACAUUUAUGGAAGUUUACGAUGUGAGAUGGGUGACGAACUUUGAUGAGAAAAUGGCUGAAGUGAACGAUGAUGGCAAAAAAGAUGUGACGAUGGAUGAAAAGGGGGAGGAUAAACCGAAAAAGGAGGAGAGUAAUUUGGAUAAAGCUUUUCCGAAGAAAAUCGAACCUGAUACUAGUAAAUCGGAAUUCAAAAUUCGAAUUCUGUCAAAGGAGAAGCUGAACCGGAAAUCGGACGAUGUAAAGAAGCUACGUCCCUCAGAUGACACGAAAUCUCUGUCCUCCCUGUCCUCGAUCUCGUCCUCGCCCUCGCCGUCCCGUUCGCGUUCACGUUCUCGUUCUCCACGUAUGGUGUCUCGCACCCGUUAUCGGUCAUCAAAAUCCCGUCGGUCACGUUCGCGUUCCCCAGAACCCCUGCGGGAACGAGACAAGUGGGACAAAUUCCGGGAGCAGAUCCGCAGGGCAGAGGAGACUCUGGAUCGAGCUCUGAAGUUCCACGAGAAAAAUCCAGAGAAACACCCAUCAUAUCCAGACGAGUGGAAGAAAUUCUGGAACCGGAGGUACAAAGAGCUGCAGGCGGACGGCAAAGACCCGAGUAAACACGACUUUAAACCUGAAUGGAUAGACUUCUGGAAUAAGAGAAUGCGAGAAAUUCACAACGAGCAGUUGUCAUUGCGAAAGGAAGAGAUUAGGAAACGGCUGGAGCUGCCGGAGGAAAAACCCCCCGAGCCGAAGUGGCCGUCAAAACGUGAGAAAGAACUUCGACAAACUCCUCCGAAGCGCCAACGUCACCAUGUAGACAGUGACGACGACGUAGAGUACGUUGGCACACUGAAAACGACUAAACUCGAGAGAAUCGAUCCGUACGAGCGCCACAGGGAAGAGAGGGACUACGCAUACAGCUACAUCCGGGCAAAAUCUAAUUAUCGAACUUAUUAUCCACCACCACGGCCUGUUGCCAGACCACGUCAUUACUCUUACAUCGUCAAGGAGAAAUCGCCGACGCCUCCACCGAAGGAGGAACCCCUCAAGGGGGACCUGGAGAUUGUCGGGCUCUUACGACUCUUAACAGCCCUUGAGGGACAGCUCGGCUCACUGGGGCCCAAGGUCGUGGCACUUCUCUCCAAAGCGCUGGCUGCCGAGAAAGGUAAACCCAAUUCUGCGGAGGAGCUCCUCCAGGAUGAGGAGGUGGCUGUCCUGUUUGAGACUGUCAAAGAGAAAUUAAAGGGACAACUGUUUGCUGGAAUGAUUGAAAAGAUGGCAAUAGCUCCCACCAAGUCAGCUAUUACAAAUAUUGCGCAGCUGCUGCAUAAAGCGACCGAGGAAAAGAAGAAAAGAGUGGAGGAGGAGGAGAGAAGGAAAAAAGAGGCGAUGGAGAUUAGGCAGCAGAUAUCAGCGAGUUUUGCCAGGAGUGCGUUAUUCUCGCGGUCUCUGGAGAUACCCAAGUCUGAACCUGUGAGAGUACCUGGUGUGGGGGCUGUGGAUAAAGUAGCCAUUGCCCAGCAGAUUGCUGCUGCACUUAUUGCCCAGGGGAGGACUAAUGUCUCUCAAGAUGAGUUAGAGACGUUGAUUAAUGCUGUUGUGGGGAUGGCUGAGGCCUCGAAGAAUUCGGAUAAACCGAUCACUGCUGCGAGUUUUGUGAAGAGUUUGACAACUGGAGAGGGAGUAACGGUGAGGGCGGAAACUCCAGGGAAGGAGAUGGAGAUGAGGGUGAAGGUGGAGAAGGAGGCGGAGAGGAUUGAGCUGGUGAAGAAAAGUAAGAGAAUGGAAAACAUUGAGAAGGAAGAGCUGAAGAUUAAGGAAGCUGGGGCUAUGGUUGAUCCCAUUGACGCUCAUGCCAGGAGAAUGGAAAACCUCACAGACAAUGACCUCAAGGAUCUCCUUCAAAAUUUCAAGGACCUUGGUACCGACGAGCAGCACGGCUUGAUUAAUUUUCUGAAGAAGCUGGAGGCGUCUGAUCCAGCGAGAGUGGAAAAACUGAGAGGAUUCGUGAAUUUAGGUGGAACAUCGAUGAGGGCUGAGACUCCACCUCGUGAGGUAGAACCCAGGUGCAGGAGAAGUGUCUCACCGUUUUCCACACGGAAAGGGGGUCACAAUCCAAGUGAUGACGACCAUGCCAAGUGGAAACCCCAAUUGGACAUGUUCGCUGAUGAUGAGGAGGAGGUGAGGAAGAGGGAGGGCGAGACGAAGAAGAUCGAUCUGUCUGAUGACGAUGAUGAUUAUUCGUACGAGGAUAUUUACAAAGCUGCUGACAAGAAUGUUGUGGAGAGUGAGAAAGCGAGGAAACAAGAGUCAAGGUCCAACUCCUCGAGAUCGUGGUCGAGAUCCAGGUCCAGAUCACCGAGAAAGGAGAAACCCAGCGAUCCCACUGCUAUUCUCAAUGAAACCAAGAGAUUAAUCGCCAAUAUCAUGGGUGACCUGCCUAAUAAGUACGUGGUGAAGAGCCACAAUCCUGAGAGGGAGGAUAUGGGGCAGAAGAGCAAGGAUCCAGCACCUCCCGGAUCCACUAAUGUCUCCAUACCUCAGAGCUUCCCGCCCCAGGCCUAUCCUGUCCCCAACCUUCAGCCCAAUCAUCAGACUCAGCACAAUCUUGCGUCGUAUGCGCCAGCAAUGAGUCACAAUCAGUUUGGAAAUCAGUACAAUCAGGGAUUCAAUAAUCAGGGGUACGUCAAUCCCGUCGCCAUUAAUAACGGGUAUAAUUACAAUCAACAGGCUAAUUAUGGAGCCAUCAGUCAGGGACAGUAUGGGAUACCCCAGAGUCAUGUGCAGACUCAAUAUCCCCACAUGUAUCAGAAUCAGUAUCAAGCACCUACAUCUGCACCUGCGCCUGCAUCCAUUGGCUAUCCAGAGCAGAAUCAGUACGGAAAUUACUCCCAGCAGCAGAGAUUUUACUAAUUCGAUUUCCAUUCGUUUGUUUAUGCACUGUAAGCAGUGUCCAAGUACUUUUAAUUGGUUUUUUAAUCAGUGGAAUGAAACUCUUGGCUUUUUUUCAAUGUGAAAUUUGUAUAUUUUUUUACCGAGGCCGUUCUCGUGAAAAAAAUUACAAUUCUUUACAGAUGUGAGUGGCGUAUGAAAGUACGUAAGGAAUUCAUAUUGAUCUAUUUUUUUUAAAAGGUGAUCUUUUUUUAGGUUUAGGAUAUUCAAAAUUAUACGUUGGUUUGUAAAUUGUGCUAUUCCUUUGAUGAUAAAUACAUGAGUCAGUGACAUUAUUUUACGAUUAUAAUGAAAAUUCUGUGCUUGGA